GAAGCAUCAACAUCUUUGGCGCACGUUGUUGGACCAAAACUGACCCCCAGAAAAUCUUACCACUCACAUUUUAACUCCCUAAAACCCUAAACCUCAGCCUUUUCUCUCUCUCUCUCUAAUCCGACACUCGAAGCGAACUGGCACUUCUUUCUAAAAUCGUCCACAUAAUCGACCAUCAACUGAAAAAGACUGAGUGAGUAGUGAAUUCAAACUUGUGAGCCUGAUGGAUCCUGAUUUGCAAGCUAAUACCACCAAGAAUCCUCCCAGGAAGGUGAAAUUUGCCCCAAAACGUCCUCCCAAGAGAGAGCCGAAACCCAUCCCAACCAAAGUUGAAAAAGCUGAAAAUGAUAUUGAUGCCGCCAAGGCAGAGCAACUUCUACGCCGCUUUAAUGAAGCAUCCCUGAGGGAUCAGAAGCCGAAAGUCGAGAGGAAAGUGGGACCCACACAAGUCUCAUUUGGCUUCGGAGGAUCAUCUUCUUCGACCCUCAAGUCAUACGGUGUGCCCAAGGCCAUCAACAAUAAGCAGGGCUCGUCUUCUGAAGGCGAGUGUGGUUUCGAGCAGCAGAGAGAAUAUAAGGAACCGUGGGAUUAUUACACCUAUUAUCCCGUAACUCUUCCAUUGAGGAGGCCAUACGCGGGAAAUCCAGGCAUGUCUCCACAACAACUUGAUGAAGAAGAAUUCGGAGAAGAUUCACUGGCAUCGGCUUAUGAUGAAAACGUGACGAAGCCAGCAGAAGAGCUUGGUUUAUUGGAUGAGGAUACAGAGGAUAGCAUGUUAUUCUUUCAGUUACCAUCAUCAAUGCCCAUGCUGAACAAACCCGCUUAUGAUGAGGUCAAAGGGCCCGAAAAUAAUGGAAAGCCCGUUAAGGGAAAAGCCCCUUCUCGAAAUCCGUGUAGCUUAGAAUCACUUCCAGCCGGCCACAUGGGCAAGAUGCUGGUUUACAAGAGUGGUGCCGUGAAAUUGAAGCUUGGCGAGACAUUAUAUGAUGUAUCUUCAGGUUUGAAUUGUGUGUUUGCUCAAGAUGUUGUUGCGGUGAAUACGGACGAGAAACAGUGUUGUAACUUUGGGGAGCUCAAAAGGCGUGCUGUUAUAACACCCGACAUAGACAUCAUUUUAGAUUCUAUGGCCGAGUUGUGAUUGAAAUUUUGUUUGUUAGUUUCUUGAAAUUUUGCUUGUAAACACAACAUGCAAUUUAGUUGAACUCAGAGAUUUGAUCUUAUCAUUAUAGGGCUAGACUUGGUACAACAUACAGAGCCCGUGCGAUGCACGGGGUGCACAAUUUUAAGGCUAUUUAUCCAGGCUUAUAAUUAUAUACAUGAAUAAAAAAAAAUGUACGGG